CCACAAACAGACUCGCCAUCAAAUGGCUGAAGCACAAGGAAGAAUAUGAUGGUGAAAUCCCGACGGCGAGGUCCCGGCACCGAGAGAGCGAGAGACGAUGGGCGGAAGCACCGUGAGAUGGGCGACACUCGGAAUGGGCGUAGGCCACUGGACGGAGGCUGAUCACAGUAGCAGUUAUCUUAGGCACCUCGACAUGGAGAUGUGUAAAAUGGUCUCCCACCAUGGACCCUUCCAGGAGAAGAGCCCACUUCUGCCAUGGAUUUCUGGGAUGUGUUGGAAACUUUUGAAGGUCAGUCUGUUCUUGCUCGCUGAGCUCUUUCCCAUAAGCUGUGGGCUAAUAGAACUGAUGAAGAAGAGAGGCACUUACCAGCAGCUGUGUAGUCAAGUGGGCAACAACAUGUUGGGCAAGGAGAAUACAGAAGUUCAACUUCAGUGUCGGCACCUGUCCCAAUCCAGUGCUGGCCCUCGCCCUGCUUUGCCUCCCCAGUACGAGCCCCCUGGAGGUAACGGGUCAAUGGCUGAAGGGACAUUACCAACUGCAAGCCCCUGCCACAUGAAAACUGAGCUCGAAAGACCAAGUGAAAUGGAGUUCAGCUGUACAAAUCCACUCAUCAUCGCCAUGAUCUGGCCAGACACAGAAGAGAAUGCCCGGUCACCGGACCGGGAUGAUGAAUGGGCCCUGGACUGGGAUGAUGAACGGUCCCCAGAUGGGGAUGAUGAACGGUCACUGAACUGGGAUGAUGACUCAGAGGAGAACAUAGAUGAUGCUGAGUCCAGUGAUUGGUCCACAGAUGAUGAUGAUGAUGAUGACAACUCAUGUGAUGAAAGUGACUCUGAUCUAUGGGGCUCUUUUUUUCAAAAUGAUCCCUACAAUCCCUUGAAUUUUUCAGCAUCCACUGGGCACCAACACCCGACUUGCAAGGGCGAUGCAGAGGAAGAUGUUUCUGUGGGUCAGCUUGAUUUUGAAGAAUCUGGAAAUAACGAGCUGUGGGACUCGUUCUUUCAAAACACUGAUCCUUUUAACCCUUUGAACUUCUCGGCUUGCACUACCACCCGGGCAUCCAGUAACCAAGAAGUGAAGGAAGGAGCCUCUAAUACUAAGCUGCCAGAGACCUCUGGUGUGUGUUUCAACACCAAUGGGGAACAGCCUGCACUGACUCUGGAGCAAGAAACCAGUGAGAGACAGAGGAAAACUGGCAAAAAGGUCCGAUUCUGUCCCGUGGUUGAAGUUCACCGGAUGGUCGUGUGGGAUUUUGCCUCGCGGGCUGCUCGGAAAGGUCCCUGGGAACAGUGCGCUCGGGACCGAAGCAGGUUUGAGCGUCGCAUUGCCAAUACCGAGGCUGCCAUUGGCUACUGUUUGGACCAGGAGCACAGACACGCUGUGUGGACAAGGCUUUAUGGCAAGUGAGCUGCAGAGUUGGAGCUCACCCCCCCCCCCCCACCCCCGAGCUGGGUUAUGGACACGGGCACGCCUGGGGUUGGGUGGGUGGGGGGCGAAAACAGAAAAUACUGCCAAAGGUUCUGACCAGAAACAUUGUCUUGCAACAAAUGAGUUCUGACCUGAGUAUUUCCAGCAUUUCCUGUUUUUGUUGUGAAUUUUCAGCAUCCAGUGUUUUUAAUUCUCACUUCCGUCAAGCACUUUCAUUGUAAUACUCCCCUGAGACCUUGUAAAAUCGCAAUGAAGUCACUCCUAUUAUUGGGCCUCAGAUGUUUCGUUUGGUUUGGGUGUGCACUCUGAUUGUGGACUUGAAACCGAACCCUCGUCAGCUCUGUGCCAUGCAGAAAUGUGUGUUUUCAUAAAUUUUGCUCCCGGCGACUUGCACGGUGUUUGAUGAAGGAAUUUAGGAAGGAGAAAAAGCAGAACGAAUGAAUGAAAACUAAGAAAUUAGGGUCAGUGUUAAAACAGCAAAAUUGUUGGCGCUAUAUCUGAGUGUGUACAGCGUUCACAGUAAGGUAGGCAUAAACUGAACGGAUCAAUCCCUUUAACCCAGAACCUUUUUAUAUGCCGUGGAGUCUUACCAUUGACUGAGGGAUCCAAGGACCCUCGGGUUCCGAAUCCCUGCUUUUACCCAUGAGAUCCAUACCAACUAACUUUUGUUUACCAACCCUUGCCCGCUAUUGGGUUCUUCUGGGCGUGUUCCCGCACUGUCCCGCCAGCCUGGCCCUCCUGGGGCAUUUGCAUUUACUUUCUCCCCCAAGUAGCCCGCAGUGCAGACUCCACCCAUACUGCGGUGGAGGUCAGCUUUGAAACUGGGUUGCUGGAGUUAGUUCCAGUCACAACAUGUGACCGCACUGUGACCAGAGCGGACCGCUUGAGGGCUUUCAACACGGAGGCAAGAUGGAAAUGUGUCAUAAAAGGGAUGAGAUCUAUAGAGCAGUGAGGAACAGAUUUUUGUUCAAGCAGAACCUUUAGAAUUAGAAUUAAUUUGGAUGGAACUAAGAAAUGACAAAUGGCCUGGAAACAUUAGAAAUGAACAAGAAGCUUCCAAAUUGUACUAGCAGUAACAGCGGGAUGGUGUAAAUCAGGAAAUUGGAGCAGCAUAUUAAAGGGCCAAAAGAGAAACUGAGUGUGUGUAGAAUGGACAAGUGGUAGUAAGGUGGAGGUUGAAUUCACAGUAAUGUAAGUAUUGAUCACCAUGCUAAGGAACCCACUUGAAAAGGCUGUUUUAGGGCCUUUUUGCGCUUGGCGCAGCGCAGAAGGUUAACUGCCAGCCUUGUGGUAAAAGGGCCCCUUGGGGAAGAGUGAUCAUAAUGAAUUUUGCCGUGAGUCUGAAAGUGAUGCAGUUUUGAUUUAGGACUAAGGUCUUCAGAGCAUAAAGCUAUGGUUGGGCUGGAAAAAAAUUCAUUUACAGGUAUGACUGAAGACAGGAAAUUAUUGGCAUUUAAGAAAUAAUGCAUAAUUUGCAAAAUUGGAUUCUUUAAAGGGAGAAAAUUCUAAUAGGGAAAGUGGCUCAUCUGUGGCUGACGGGAGAAAUUAAAGUUCCCUGAACCAGGAUUUUGAGAAUAUUUAGAAAUUGAAAUUAAUUUUUGUGGUCUUUGUUUUAGAAAAUAAAAGAAAAAAGAUAAAAAUAGACUGCAGGAGUUUUUAUAGCUAUAUGAAAAGGAAAGGAUUAGUGAAGGCGAAUGGAGCUGUCUCAUAGUGAGGAGUUUGUAGAAUGCUACAGAACUAACUGGCCGGUGUUAACACUGCCAACAUUACUGACCCAAGACAGUGGUUGACUAAGUGUCUGUUAAUUACCUGGACUUGCUUUCAAGAACUGUUAAUUAUGUUUUCAAUAUUAUUCCAUAUUUAUUAUUAUUUCUUGAUAUGCACAGAGUGUUGUUUUUUGCACUUUAACUACUUGCCCAUUUUGGGUGCAGUCUUUCAUUGAUUAUAUUGUAUUUCUUGUAUUUACUGUGAAAACCCGCAAGAAAAUGAAUCUCAGGGUUGUUUAUGUACUUUGGUAAUAAAGUUACUUUGAACUUUGAA